AUGCCUUCUACGAUCUUGCUCCAGAAUGCGACCAUCCUCGUCCCGUCCGGGGAUGAUGUCGUACCACUCCGCAAGCACUCUCUAUUGAUUGAGGGGAACAAGAUAGCGCAGAUCUCGUCGCAUAUUGCGCCUCCAUCGGCUGAAACUCAGGUGAUUGACUGUACAGGCAAGAUUGUGUCGCCAGGGUUUAUUGAUACGCACCAUCAUCUGUGGCAGACGCAGCUGAAGGGGCGUCAUGCCGACCAUACUUUGAUAGAGUAUAUGCCAACUGGAAACCUUCAACAAAUCAACUAUUCGCCCGAGGAUAUCUUCUGGGGUCAGCUAGCAGGCUGUCUGGAGGCCUUGGAUGCCGGCACCACAACUGUGGUAGAUCAUGCUCAUAUGAAUGUUACAGCCGCUCAUUCCUUGCAUGGCCUCCAAGCCACGAUCUCAUCCGGAAUUAGAUCAAUUUUCUGCUACACUCCCACUCACACCGUCAAGUCAUGGAAGCCGGAGAUAGUACCUGGCGGAAAUUUCCUAGAUGACUGGGUGCUAAAGCAGCUGAGUGAUCUCGCUACAGCAGCUCCAUACGGAGACGGCAGAGUCGAAAUAGGGUUGGGCUUCGAUGGGCUCAUGCUUCCCAAAGAUGUUGUGGUAUCGCUUUACGACAGAGCCCGCAAGGCGGGCACGAAGGUUAUAACUACGCACUACGUCCGGGGUCACUUCAGUGACGAUUCACUUGUUGAUCUCCUUGAUAGCUAUGGUCUGCUCGGACCAGAUAUCAUCCUUUCCCACGCAACACAUCUCACAUCAAGCGACGUCGAGAAGCUGUCCAAGGCAAAGUCAUGGAUCUCAUCUACCCCAGGCUCGGAACUGCAGAUGGCACAUGGAUACCCAGUCUGCUUUCAGGAUGGAUGUAGUAAGAUAAGUUCCCUGGGGAUCGACUGUCAUAGCAGCACCUCUAGCGACAUCGUGACAGCUAUGCGUCUAGGGUUGCAAGCCGAACGGGCUCGUCGGAACGAAGAGGUCAUUGCCAGUGGAAAGACACCCCGCUCGUUGGAUCUUUCAGUACAGGAUGUCUUCCGCCUGGCAACCAUUCAGGGCGCCCGUACUUUACAUAUGGAGGACAAGUUGGGCUCUAUCAAAGUGGGAAAGCUAGCCGAUCUAGUCAUUUUCGAUGGAACCAGCCCGGGGAUGAUAUGCGCGAGUGAGCAGGACCCAGUCGCAGCUAUCGUCUUCCACUCUUCAAUACGUGACGUUGAAACCGUCAUUGUCGAUGGACAGGUGCGCAAGAAGCACGGUAGAUUGACACCUGUGGAAAUAGGCCCGUCGUUUCCGGAGGUCCAUAUACCGAAGCAAACGGUGGAAUGGGGCCAAGUUGCGCAGAAAUUGGUUGCCAGUCGGCAAAGCAUCGAGGACGCCAGGGUGAAGUCUGGUGCCACUGACUUGGACUCCUUGGUUUCUGCAUCAUUGAAGCUCUUUCACGCGGAUCUGGCACGGAAAACUUCGUGGAAGAUGACACCUCGCCGAUCAAGCAAACGAGUAGGACGGCCCCGUCUAGACACCAUCACACCCGCCACCAACAACACCGCCAUCCUCUCCCCCAAUCGUCGCACCCAAGUCCGUCGUGCUCAACGCACAUACAGACUCAAAAAGGAAGCCGUGUUUCGAAAUGCGAUCAACAGGGCUGAACAACUCGAAGCAAGAUUCCGCAUUGUCAGGGAAGAGGUAGCAGGGCUACUGUCCGAUGUCGCCACUGAGAAGCACCAACUACAUCUGUCACAUCCUACAAUCCAUACUCGCUUAAAACGACUCCAUGACAUUCUUAUAGCCGAUUGUGACAGUAGCACGCCCAAUGAGGCGAAUACGGACAAUCUUAUACCCUUAUCCUCAUCCUCAUCCUCAUCUCCAGCAUCAAAUUCAUCUCCAUCCAUACAAUAUCACCAAGUAUCCACAUCCCCCAAUAACAACCACUCCAUCUUCCAUAAUCAAUCACUCACACCCCUCCCAACAAAACAACACUCCUACGCCUUCUGCGAGCCCCGCUUCGCACGCCAACUCCACCGCUACACCCUCGAGCACGCCUACCGCCUCUUCACAGACCCGCGCUCCAACCCAUCCACCAUCUACCGCGUAUUCCGUCUCGUACCUUGCAUCCAAGACCCGCAGAAGACUCAGCCGCGCUUCAAGCAGCUCUUGAUGGGCGGGUGUACCGAUCCGUUAGAGGUACCAGGAUUACCCUUCUACGGCGAGAAUGCCGGGGAGGGUGUUGGGGGUGAUGGACACUAG